AUGAAUGGUUUCAGGCCUUUGACAUAUUUGUGUCCGUUACCGUUAUUUUUCCCUACUGCAAGGCGGACUCGAUGUUUCGUAGCAGUCUCUGGUACAUACACCUGCCCUAGCAGCGACUUCGGCAAUUCUUUUUCUCACCCCGGCCCUUCGUCCGGCCGGGGUCAAAUACCGGCUAUUGUCCCAGCGGUCGGGGGUCAAUACUCUUCCGGCUAUCGUUCCGAACUCACAGGUCGGGGGUCAAUACACUUCCACCGGCUAUCGUUCCAACACACAGGUCGGGGGUCAAUACUCUUCCACCGGCUAUCGUUCCGAACUCACAGGUCGGAGGUCAAUACACUUCCACCGGCUAUCGUUCCAACACACAGGUCGGGGGUCAAUACAAUUCCACCGGCUAUCGUUCCGAACUCACAGGUCGGGGGUCAAUACACUUCCAUCGGCUAUCGUUCCGAACUCACAGGUCGGAGGUCAAUACACUUCCACCGGCUAUCGUUCCGAACUCACAGGUCGGGGGUCAAUACACUUCCACCGGCUAUCGUUCCGAACUCACAGAUCGGGGCUAUCGGCUAUCGUUCCGAACUCACAGGUCGGGGGGGCUAUCGUUCGAACUCACAGGUCGGGGGUCAAUACUCUUCGGCUAUCGUUCCGAACUCACAGGUCGGAGGUCAAUACACUUCCACCGGCUAUCGUUCCGAACUCACAGGUCGGGGGUCAAUACACUUCCAUCGGCUAUCGUUCCAAACUCACAGGUCGGGGGUCAAUACAUUUCCACCGGGUAUCGUCCCGAACUCACAGGUCGGGGGUCAAUACAUUUCCACCGGGUAUCGUCCCGAACACACAGGGGUCGGGGUCAAUACAUUUCCACUAGCCCGUUGGGAAUGA